GCUCCGCCGAACAAAACCUACCCCCAACGAAUCUCCGAUUACUUCACUGCCCCGCUUCCUCUUUCCCCCAAUUCGAAUCAGCCACUCAAAGAACCCAAUUCCCCCCACCUUCCCCGGAAAACCGCCACCGCCGGCCUUCCUUCAAAUGGGCACCCGAAAACUCCCCCGAUGGAGCUGGGCCUCAUUCCUCGCCGGCGGAGCAUCCGCCGUCGCCGCCGCCGCCCUCCUCCGGGCCAAGCCCCAGGACCCGACGUUCCACCUGAUCUCCAUCAACCUCGGCUCCUUCAAGCUCAACUUCCCCGUCCUCGACGCCGAUCUGACCCUCACCGUCCACGUCACCAACCCCAACAUCGUCCCCGUCCACUACUCCGCCGCCACGCUGUCGAUCUACUACGACGGGUCCCUACUCGGGUCGGCCCGGGUCGAGUCCGGGUCGCAGCCGGCCCGGUCCUGCCGGCUGAUCCGGCUCCCCGGCCGGCUCGACGGGCUGGAGCUGGCCCAACACGCGAAGCGGUUCCUCAACGACGUCGCUUCGAGGGAGAUGGUGCUGGAUGCCAGGGUGGACGUCGGUGGGACCGCCAAGGUGCUGUGGUGGUGGGACCACCGGUUUGCCGUCCACGUGGAAAGCAAAGUGACCGUCGAUCCGCUGUUGCUGGACGUGGUCGAUCAGGAGAACAAGUCCAAGAUUGAUCUUUUACCUGCUUAGUUAGUCGUUAGCUUUGUGUUGUUGGUUGGUAGUUGAUACAAUUGUAAAGAAAUCUCUUGUCACAAAAAGAUUGGAAUUUGGAAUUCUCAUUUUGCAAGGAGGAAAUUCGAGGGUUGUAGAAAUUCGAACACAUGACAUUUCGUUUCUAUGCUCUAAUACCAUGUUAACAACCAGUUGCUUCCAAUAACUCGAGUUAUUGAGA